AAAAAACGUGAAUUGAGAGAAACAAUUGAAAGAAAAAAAAGACGACGAAAAUGUCGAUUUUCAGGAGCGAGAAGAUGAGCUUGUACCAGCUCUUUUUGCAGAACGAAUCUGCAUAUCGUUGCAUGUCCGAACUUGGAGAACUGGGUUGCGUCGAGUUCCGUGAUUUAAACUCGGAAGCCACGGCGUUCCAGCGAACUUUCUCCGCCGAAGUGGCGCGAUGCAACGAGAUGGAACGCAAAUUGCGCUACUUGGAAGGGCAAAUUGUUAAGGAAGAUAUCAAGAUUGAAGAGCUCCUGGACAUGCCGGCAGCUCCAUUGCCAAAGGAGAUGGUCGAUCUGGAGGCAGCGUUGGAUAAGAUGGAGUCCGAAUUACGUGAGAUCAACGUCAAUGCAGAGGCAUUGAACAAGAAUUUCGGAUCACUUACAGAAAUGAAACUUACUCUCCAAAACGCCGAAUACUAUCUCGCCGAUAGGGAUGGCAUUUUCGGUGUCAAUGAAACGAUAAAUGCAGCUACAGCCGCCGAGGAAGGAAUGACCCAACUAAACAUGCAACGCUUUAGAUUUGUCACGGGCGUGGUCGGUACGGAGAAAGCCCAAGGCUUUGAACGCAUGUUAUGGCGAGCAGGUCGUGGAAAUAUCUAUCUAAGAAUUUCGCCAUUGGCCGAGCCUCUCAAGGACCCAGUUACGGGCAACGACGUGCAAAAGUCCGUUUUCGUCGCCUUUUAUCAAGGCGACCAGCUCAAAGGCCGAGUUAAAAAGAUAUGCGAGGGUUACCAUGCGGCACUGUAUCCAUGCCCGGAAUCGGCAGGUCUACGUCGGGAGACGAGCAUUGGCGUUUAUUCACGUCUUCAAGACUUGACCACUAUUCUUGACCAAACCAAAGAGCAUCGCCAUCGAGUACUCGUAGCUGCCGCUAAGCAUUUACGUACGUGGGUUGUCAAAGUCCGCAAGAUCAAGGGUAUUUUCCAUACGCUGAAUAUGCUCAGUGUCGAUGUCACAUCUAAGGCUCUAGUGGCCGAAUGCUGGAUUCCCGACGCCGACGUCGACAAAGUCCGUUUGGCUCUCAAACAAGGAAGCGUAGCUAGUGAUUCAGCGUUUCUACCUAUUUUGAACGAAUUGCCGACCAACGCGAGACCGCCCACAUAUUUCCGCACGAACAAGUUCACUCACGGUUUUCAAGCUCUAGUCAACGCCUAUGGUAUGGCCAACUACCGCGAAGUCAAUCCUGGUCUCUACACUAUUAUCACGUUCCCCUUCCUCUUCGCCGUCAUGUUUGGUGAUGCCGGACACGCGCUAAUUGUCACCAUGUUUGCCUCUUGGAUGUGUUUGAACGAAGAGAAACUUUCCAAAGUCAAAGGAGAGGUAUUUGGCAUCAUCUUUGGCGGCCGUUACAUCAUUCUGCUAAUGGGCUUCUUCUCUAUAUACACUGGUUUUAUUUACAACGACGUAUUUGCCAAAGCGUUCAACAUAUUUGGUUCGUCGUGGGUCGUUAAUUAUCAUAGUGAAGGACUACCUGGAGAAGAGUAUCUUAUCGGUGAAGGCAGCAUGGAAAGUGCCAUGCUCGUUCCCGAUCGUAAUUUCGAUGCCUGUCCCAAUCGAACAUCGACGAAGGGCAACGAUUUUGAUAACGAGACAGACUUCCAAACGUGCGGGCAUUAUCGACAAUAUCCUUAUCCGUUCGGAGUUGAUCCGGUGUGGGUUAUCGCCGAGAACAAGAUCGUUUUCCUCAACUCGUACAAGAUGAAACUGUCCAUUAUCUUGGGCGUGUUUCACAUGAGUUUCGGUGUCUUCUUGAAUCUUUGGAACUUUACGUACUUCAAACGCCGUGUUUCCAUCCUGCUGGAAUUUUUGCCUAGGAUCCUCUUUUUCUGGCCCCUGUUUGGUUACAUGAUGUCGCUCAUGUUUCUUAAAUGGAUCAAGUACGGAGCGAACAAAGAAGAACGAGAAUUGAAAUCAGAUUGUGCGCCGUCAAUUCUAAUCACAUUCAUCAACAUGAUGCUUUUGAGUUACAGCGAAGAAAAGACCAGGCCUCCAAACGAAGAGUGUAAAACAGUCUUCAUGUUUGGCGAUGAUGAGGGCGUUACCCAGAAAACGCUUCAAAUAGCCUUCGUGCUUAUCGCUGUCCUGUCUGUUCCAGUUUUGCUUUUUGGAACGCCGAUCCAAUUUAAAAUGAAAAUGAACCGUAUGAACAAAGCCAAGAACAAUUAUAGCCACAGCGGAAGUAGUGGACAUAGUGACUCAGCAGAUCGUGAACCAAUUGUUAAUUCUACUCUGCACGUCGAAUCUGGUGGUAAACACGACGUACACGAUGGUCAUAAUGGAGAUUACGAUCAGAAUCAAGGUAGUAACGAUGACGAACACAACACCUUUGGAGAUGUCAUGAUUUAUCAGGCUAUUCAUACCAUAGAAUAUGUCCUGGAAUGUAUUUCACAUACGGCAUCUUAUCUCCGUCUUUGGGCCCUCAGUCUUGCCCAUUCCCAGUUGUCGGAAGUUCUUUGGUUCAUGGUCCUGAGAAUCGGUUUUAAGGCGCUACCGGGUUACUUGGGCAGCAUCAGCAUUUUUUUGACAUUUGCUUUCUGGGCCGGUGCCACCGUGUCGAUUCUUAUCGCCAUGGAGGGCAUGUCUGCUUUUCUUCACACUUUGCGUCUUCAUUGGGUGGAGUUCCAGAGCAAAUUCUACAAGGGAGAGGGUGUCAAAUUUCACGCGUUCCAUUUCAAACGGGUUACUGACGAUGCUAAAGAUGACUAAUCCAAUUAGUUAACCAGGCCAACCUACGUAAGCAAUAGAACAGAAUUGUAGAAAUACACAAAGCUGUAAAUCAGCUCACAAGAAGAAA